UCGUCAUUAUGAUAUUGUGACAUAUGUUUGAGUCAAAUUAUAACUAUUAUUAUAAUUUUACAAAAAAAUGUCUGACACGCUUAAAAAUGUAGAGAAAUUGGGAGAAGUUUUCUUUCAGGUUCAAGACGAUUUGAGAAAACUCAGAUGUAGUCUCAAGAACAUCACUAUCGAUGAGGAGGGAAAAACACUGGACAUUCAAACUUUGGAUGCUGCCAUUGACAAGACAGAGAGUAGCAUCAGGAGGCAUGCAGAGGAUUAUCUGAAAACAGUGACCAAUGAGCUGCUGGUUCUUCCAGCAAUUGAAGACUUACAAAAAAAGAAGCAGAUUCCCAAAUGGAAACCAGCUCUGGAGAGUAUCCAAGAUGUGCGUCCACAAAGGGAAGACCUUCCAGGGGCUUCACCUGGGGAAAAGCACAAGUCAGCGUUAACCAUGCGUUUGCUGUGUAACCCUGCUCACCCAAUCAACAGAGCCAUUAUGCACCAGAAAUUUGGGAUAUCACUCCCUGAUGUCCACACGAGGAGCACAAAUAAUGCAGCAAAACAUCACAGAAUGAUCACUCGCCCUGUGAAGAAUCUUCCGGCCAUUGAACCAAAGGGCCGUCAUAGCCUGGCAAUGCCUGAAGAAGACAUGGGGACAGAUACAGAUUUGCUUAGCAUGUCGAUCCAGCACAAGGCUGCCUCUCUUCACCCCAGAGAGGAUUCAUAUUCUUCUAAGACAGGUCUGAUAAGCUCGAAGUCCAGGUGUCACAAGCAGCUGAAAUGGGAAACAGAAACCAGAUCCAUUUGUGAAAGAACACCCCUCUGGACCACCAAGACACCGCCUCCCUCCACGACCUCCAAGAGCAUGGACCACAGUGGCAUGAUGCAAGGAACCAAUGGUCUUAGUCCUAAAAGCCCUCAGAAUCUACCUGUGCAAGUUCCAGUAAACAUCAGCAAGUAUCCCUUUACCAUCAUAAAGGGACGGAUAAACCCACUUGCGACAGAUUUCUGUCACUUCAAGCAGAGCUUCAGUUUUUGCUGGAGCAGUGUGGAGGAUGCUCUGGAGGCCCUUCAAAAGCUGCUGAGGGACUUUGCCGUGCCUCUAGCCAGAGUGAGCGGGGAACAGCUAGUGGAGUUUGGGCAUGGUUGGGAUAGUGUUUGGAGAAAGGCUCCUCCAGUGAUCAGCCUCCUCUCAGUGCUUGAAAACUGGGAGGAGGUAUCGGAUCUGGUUUUAUGCCCAGGUCAGCGCUACAAGGGAGAGGGAGGCAUUGAGGCAGCUGCCAUCCACAUCCAGUCCUGCUGGAGGCGCUGCUUAGCCCGGACAGCCUACCUGCGCCACUGCCGGCACAAGUGGGCGGCAGGUACCAUCACUAUCUCAUGGCUGAUGCGCACUCAGAUGCGCCGUGUCAGGAAGGCCCUUCAGGCCCGACGUUUCACACAACUGGAGAAUUACCGCAGCAGAGCCCAGCAUCUGGCAGCCAACUGGAAACACAUCCAGUCCUCCAAGAGGACCAUUAUCCACAUCCCUUCAUUAGGAUACUCUCACAGCCAGCGAGUGAGCUUGAGGGGAUUCGACGUCCUACAGAACAUCCAAAUAGGCAGACUGUGUGAUAUUAGAGAUGAAAAUGUGGAGGUGAUCUACGUAUGUCCGAGGCACCUGGGGGACGAUAUUUUGCACUAUUACACCAGCCUCCUCAAGUGUGAUGGAGCCACAGUGGAGGACGGUACCACUCAGGCCUCUUCCUCCUGUGUCAGACGCUUUAUCAUCAUCACACCGGAGACUGUAGAUUAUUUCUCAACCCGUAACAUGUGCCUGUCCACGCUGCUAAAGUACAGUCCACGCACCCUGAAGCGCAUCAGGAACCUGAUCCAGGGGAAGCAGGCCUAUAUUGUGGGUGGAGUGGCGCAUGUGGAUGACCUGGCAGUGGCUGACGAGCUCGGAGUGCCAAUCCUGGCUCCAGAACCGGCUAUUGCACAGCUCUACAGCACCAAGUCGGGAGGGAGGAGGAUCUUCGCCGGGGCAGAGGUUGAUGUGCCGCCUGGUCAAGGAGACAUCUACUCGCUAAACCAGCUCCAUGAAACACUGGCUGAGCUCAUGACCCAAAACACUGAUGUGCAGCGCUGGCUCUUUAAGAUGGACUCUGAGCACAGUGGCCGUGGCACAGCAUACUGUGAUGUAUGCCAUCUUAGCUGCUAUAACUGGGCCCUACAGGAAUGCCAUCGUUACGGUCCUGAGCUAUGGAACACAGAGUGGAUUCAGAGGUCCAUACUGCUUAGAUAUUUAGAUGAAAUCCCAGAGUGGCUUGCCCGUUACGCCCGGCCUGCUAAAACCUCCUGCUAUCCCAACUGGGCCUGCUUCCUGAAGACCUUCCUCAGGCAAGGCGGUGUGGUGGAGGCCUACCCCCCUUCAGACAGUGUCACCUGUCUGACAGUGGAUCUGCUGCUGGAGCCCGGGGGUGAGGUGACCAUGCUGUCCUGUGGAGACCAGCUUCACGGCUCCUGUCAACUGGAAGCUAUAGGCUCCACUGUUCCUCAGACCUCUGUACACCCAGAGACCUUGCAAUCCAUUUGCACGCAUGUGGGCCAGGCCUGUCUACAGCGCCUUAUUGUAGGUUAUGUCUCCGUGGACCUGGCAACCUUUCUGAACUGCAACACCAUGGAGCAAAAGGUGUGGGCUAUUGAUCUGGACCUCACAUACAGUGACCAGCUGGCCAUGACCCAGAUGCUUCUGAUGAUGACUGGAGGAACGCUGAAUUGCAGCACCGGCUGUUUAGAAGUGCCAGUGCCAGUCAGAGAGAAAUGCUGUGAACACCAGAUUGUAGCCAAAUCUCCUGUGGUGAAGCGUUAUGCAGUUAUUGGGAGCCACUUGUUUCACUCUAACCUUUCCAUGUUAUACCAUAAUGUGUUCUUUAUGGUGUGCAAGGCUCAUGGUAUAGGAUUUAACAUGAAGAGGAAACAAGGAACUGUCUUUGCUGUUUACGACAGCAGUGAGCGAUGCAAUAUUGGAAUGAUAACGGUCUCAGAGGAUCUCCAGGGAGCUCUGGUGACCUUUGCUCGGAAUCUGUCAGUCAUCCAUCAGGAAAUAUCGCCCUCUAAAAUGCAAGGAGAAACCAAUUUUAAGGAUCUGAUCAAGGACAUAGAGGACGUGCUGCAGAUGACUGCUCAGAACAAGAUGCAAGCAGUGGAGGAUAAAGCUGCUGCUUAGACAGCUGCUUCACCAAUAAACUUAUUCUCGCCGAGUUAAGUCAUCAUGUCUAUGCCAGCUUUAAUUUCUAGUCACACAAUGAACACAUGAACCGUGGAAAUGAAUCAGUGUUGAUCAAACACAGAAAUCUGAAUAAAUUCCUGUAAUAACA